AUGAAUAGAGGUCUAAAGCAAAUCAUUCCAGCAUCUCGCAAUCUGUUACGCAGCCAAACCCGUCGCACAUCUGCCUGUUUGAUCAGCUUGACAUCAUUGCCGAAAGCACCCAAUGCUGCUGCUGUGCAAAAGAGAUUUUUGACACAAUCUGUGGCUCGCCCUAUAUCCUUCAAGGGUAUCUUUGGUGCCAAGAAUGAAGAGCCUGAGAAAAAGCUCGUUUUGGAGCAGGACAACCUCUUUCAUGUGCUAUCGCAAUCGCCAUUGCCUGAAAUGAAAGACAGAGCUGCCAUUGUCAACAAGUAUGGUGUUUGUCCAGUUUGUGAUACACAUCAUGAGGAGCAUGAAGCCAAGAAGAAGCCCACCUAUGACUGCCCUGACUGUGGCUAUCCCACGCAUUGUAGUGAGGAACACUACCAUGAAGGAUAUCAAGCUCAUCAUGCUGAGACCUGCGCUAUUUUGCGUGAAAUCAAUGAGGAUGAUCAUGAUUUGCGUUCUGGUAGACCCAUGCGUGAAUUUGAAUUUCCAAGUGCACAGGGUUUCGAUGAAGCUGUCAACAUGGCCAAUUGGGAUGUUUUCUUUUAUACCCGUAGUUUUCCAUCCAUGGAUUCUGACAGAUCAAUGCGUCAUGUAUCCAAGUUGUUAACUUAUCCCAUGUCAAUUGCGGCUGUGUUGCAUCAGUCCAGUCCUUACAAGUAUGGCGAACAAGUGACAGCCGAGGGCAUGAGAUCCAUUGCAGCUUUGAGAACCAUCCUUUAUCCUCACAAUCAAAUCAGCAACGAUGCCCAAACACAAAUCCGCACUGACACUAUCAAUGUCUACCUUGUCGGUGCUCGUGCAGAGGCUACUUUACCUUCUCACAUUUGGCUGCAAUUGGCUUACCUGUUCCCUGCCACUCCAUUCCACAUUCAUUUCAUUGGACCCGAUGCAUUAGCACCCAAUCAAGAACCCCACACCAAGUCUGUCAAUGAGCGUCUCCUAUUCACCUACGACAAUGCCAUGUAUCAUGAUUACCAUGAGACCAUUGAAAAGUUUGAUCCUUACACUGAUUUGUUCUUCUUGUUCUCUCCCGGUAUUGGUCAUGGUGAUGCUCGUGAAGGUUGGAAGACAUCCAUUGAGAAGGCAUUGGAAACCAAGUGCCCUAUCUUUGUCACAGGCUAUGAUGAAGCAGACAUGAAGAACGACGUUGAAGCUGUCGAGCAAGAUUAUAACGGUGAAUUCGACUGGGUCUUGAAGCCAACCGUCAACGAAUUUAGAAGCUUAAAACGUGAUGUCAAUCUGAUGGAUUUGAGACAGAGUAUCUUUGCAAAUUAUGGUAUCUGGGGUAUCCGUGGUAAACGUUAUGAUGUUACUCAUGAUCCUGAGAGCAACGAGUAG